AUGUACGAGAGCCUUGGCUGUGGGAUGCACCCCAUCCGCCGGUCGGCCACAUUUGACGCUGGAUUGGGAUGCCUGGUAGCCGGUUGCAAGAAGCUCCAAGUCGUCGUCCUCAACGGCUGUGUUGGUAUUUUGGAUGCCGGGCUUUGCUUCCUUGCUUCCAACAGUAAAGAGCCCACCACCAUCGACGCCUCAUACACAGAGGUCUCUAUCGAAAGAUCACUGAUGACGGCAUCAUCAAACUUGCCGUCUCUCAGAGUGUUGAAUCUGGCUGCGUGCUCCAACGUUGGAGACGCGGGAUUCUCGUACAAGUACAUCAUUGCUGGUAUAUCACUGCCAGCUGUUGGAAGCAGUUGGAAAGCUCACGCAGAUCCGAACAUGGCUGGCUGCGAAAUCGCCGGCGAUGGGCUUCGCUUAAACAACAUUUCACUGUUGAUAGAUCGUUGUAGCUGCUUGGAAGAACUGGACGUGACCGAUUGCAACAUCGAUGACGCAGGACUGGAAUGUAUUGCGAAAUGUAGGUUUUUGAAGACUCUCAAGCUCGGGUUUUGCAAGGUCAGCGACAAUGGCACCGAGCAUGUUGGAAGAAAUUGCUCCAACUUGAUCAAGCUCGAUUUAUACAGGUCGGGGAAUGUUGGUGAUGCGGGAGUUGCGUCCAUAGCCGCUGGCUGUCGCAAGUUGAGAAUUCUAAUCCUCUCGUACUGUCCAAACAUCACGGACGCUUCCAUCGUCUUCAAUUCGCAGCUCAGCUAUCUCCAGCAGCUUUGCAAACGAGUUGGCCUGGAGAAAAAACUCCCGGAAUUCAAGAACCUUCUAAAUCUAUCGUAUUGCCGGAUCUCCAACGCUGGACUCGUGAUGCUGGGAAAUCUUCGCUGCUUGCAAAACGUGAAGCUCGUCCAGAUCGGGAAUGUUUCCGUCGAAGUUCUCGCGGCAUCACUCCUUUCGUGUGUUUACUUCAAGAAAGCAUGCCAUGGCCUGGAGAACAGUGGGCAAUAUGGAUCAAGCCCAAAGAGCUUCGUGGAAAGCUUUCAUGUCCGUUCAAAAACGCGCGAAAGAUUCGUGAGAAAGUGGCCUUGGAGCCUGAAUCCUCAUGAUCAAAGCUUACACCCGAGUUUUCCGUGAGAUGCCCGGCCUUUCACAUUGAUGUUCUUGCCUGCGGUGUUUAGCACAUCUAGUCACAUUGGCUGCUUGGAGAAAAGCCACCUGUGUGUGCUUCACGUCGAUUACCUUCGACCAUGGAUUGAUCUCAGUCGCUCAGGACAGUUUGGGAGAGCUCAAGAUCUGAUGAACAACAUGCUGUUUCUCCCUCAUGAGGCUCCAGCCAGAAGCUCCGUCGCCAUAUCCUUAGAGCAAUCUUGUGCAAAUUGCAGCAUCAUCUAUUACUGAGCACUUCAUAUCAUAUGUGUUUGUUAGGUGACGCAGGAGAGGGCGGUGCUC